UUCAUUAUUUUUUUGUCACAGGAUGUCUAUAUAAUGGUGUUGACACAGAAUAGAUCCAUAAAACAGGUGACACGAAUUUCAAAGGUUCCGACAUCGAGUGGCGCUUCUGUUUUGUAUCUAUUCUGUCGUUGUGACAAGAGACUCUUCACUGGUAUAAAAUGGUGUCCGUGUGGUGAAAUAUUAAUUGUUGAAAGAUUCCUUCGCACAAAUGGGUAACACAGCAAUGUCUAACAGAUCAUGGAAGUGGACUAAGCUGGACCUCACACAAGACACAGUCAACGAACCCAAGGAUUUAGCAUUGACACCCCUGUUAUCUAUCGAAGCAGAGAGCGAAACAAAUAUAGUAGAACGAGAUGACAAUAAGAUGAAGGAUAUUAACCGAAUGAAAUUUGCAGUAUUUAACGAUGAUGAGAAAAUGAUCAACGAUAUCUUGAGGGAGAAAACAAGUGAACGAGAAAUUCAAAACUUACUUGCCGAACUUGAUGAAAAAGGACGACCAUGCAUAUUUUAUGCCGUGGAGUUCCGAAGUCUUCGUGCGCUUACUUGUUUGUUAAAUCAAGUGAAAGAUACGAAGUGUGUGACAGCUAAGAAUGGAGAAACUGUACUUCAUGUAGCCACGGAAAUGAAUGACGCUGGUAUUCUUAAAAAAUUGUUGGAUCAUGAUUUCGUUGUUCAUCUUGUGAACGAUGUUGAAAGCAAGAAUAGCCGCUCGCCACUUUUCUUUGCUGCCAUGUACAACUUUGUCGACGUCGCCAAGGUGUUGCUGGAACAUGGUGGAAAUAUGACAAAAGUUGAUGGCUCAAACAGAUCACCAUUGUAUAUCGCUGCAGAAAAAGGACGAGCUGGCUUGCUCGAUCUAUUCUUAAAGCAUGAAAAAAGUAGAGUGAAAGAGUUAUUGUUCAGCAAGGAGCAUGGCGGGAAACAUCACCAAAAUAUACUUCAUGUAGUUGUGGACAGCGGAGAUGAAAGUACUGUAGAAGUUUGUCUGCAACAAGAUGAAGAUAUGAUACGUUCCUGUUUGCAAGAAGAAAUGAAUAGUGGUGGUAGUUAUUUGGUUGACGCUGUCCGUAAAAACGGCUUGGAGGAAAUAUUGUCAAGGUUUAUUGAUACGUUGGGAGAUUCACUUGUACAGCAAAACAAGAUAAGAGAAGAACCGGUGGGAGAUUCACUUGUACAGCAUGCCGCGAUAAUAGAAGAACCGCAAGAAGCUUUACCUGUACAGCAUGCCAUGAUAAUAGAAGAACCGGUGGAAGCUUUACCUGUACUUGUACAGCAUGCCACGAUACUAGAAGAACCGUUGGAAGCUUUACCUGUACAGCAUGCCGCGAUAAUAGAAGAACCAGUGGAAGCUUUACUUGUACAGCAUGCCGCGAUAAUAGAAGAACCGGUGGAAGCUUUACUUGUACAGCAUGCUGCGAUAAUAGAAGAACCGGUGGAAGCUUUACCUGUACAGCAUGCCGCGAUAAUAGAAGAACCGGUGGAAGCUUUACUUGUAAAGCAUGCCACGUUAAUAGAAGAAUCGGUUGAAGCUUUACUUGUACAGCAUGCCGCGAUAAUAGAAGAAUCGGAGGAAGCUUUACCUGUGCAGCAUGCCGCGAUAAUAGAAGAACCGGUGAGACAUUCACUUGUACCGCUUGACGAGAAAAGAAAAGAAUUGGUGAGAGAUUCACUUGUACAGCAUGACGAGAAAAUAGAAGAACUGAGGGGAGAUACAAAAAGCAAGAGACGCAACAUAAGAGAAGAAUCGAAUUUCAAUCAUUUAUCUGAUGAAAUCCCGCACAACGGCCAAGCGUCGCCUACGUGUCCGCGCGAUCGUUAUGCAGGUUUCUCUCAUCGAGCCUUGCUCCUUGCAGUAGAAGGUGGUCAUGUUGAAGACGUGAAAGAAUUUCUAAAAGAAAAUCGUUUCGUUAAAAGAGAUAAAAAUGGCACAGUUCUUCAUUAUGCAGUAGCUCAUCCUGAACUACUGAAGAUUUUGCUGAAGGAAAGUGACAUUGUUUCAUUGAUAAAUGAAGAAAGAACAGACGAUGGUUAUGCUCCAAUUCAUGCCGCAGCUAAAGAAGGCCGAGUCGAGAGUGUGAAAAUUUUGAUUGACAACCGUGCUCAUCUGAACGUCCUCUCAGAAAACCAAAGUUCGCCAUUACAUUGCGCUGUUAGUUCUCAGAAUCUUGGUGUGAUUAAAUUAUUACUUGACAAUUGUAGAGAGUUAAUUGUCAAGGUUAAUGACAACAAUGAAACUCCGCUUCAUACAGCUGCAUACUAUAGUAGCUCACGGGUCGUUGAAUAUCUUCUGAAAUACGAAAUAUUUAUGACGAGCGACAUCGACUAUCCCACUCCACUUCAUAUUGCAGCGUGUCAUGGACAUCUCGAAACUGUUAAAUUGCUGCUAAAACACAAACCUUCCUUGAUCAACCACAAAGACAAAGAUGGAGAGACACCACUGUUUAAAGCUUGCUCGAAUGGCAAGACAGAUGUAGUGAAAUUUUUACUCGAUAAUAAAGCAGACAUUAGUAAUGGAAAUAAAGUUACAAGCAAGGAUUACGUUUCUUAUUUUGACGCAAUGAUUAGUAAUGGAAAUAAAGAUACAGCUAUGGCGAUGAUGUGCCAUGAAAGAUGGAAAGAGAUAAUGGAAACAACAAAGCAUGGUCCUGAAGCAACGAUGAAAAAGUUGAUUUCCCAAGGUAUGUCCGAAGUGGCAUAUCAAGCACUCGUUAACAGCGAGACGCACACAGGUGAUCCAGAAAGCAAGAAUUACGAAAUUAAAUACGACUUUAUGUGUUUACAGAAAAAUAAUGCUAGAGCAAAUGGAAAUGUGAAGCCGCUGACUGCCAUCGAAGCGAUGGUAAAAAGUGGCAGCUACAAAUGCUUACAGCAUCCUGUCUGCUGUAAAUAUCUGAAAGAAAAAUGGAAGGCAUUUGGAUUCAAAGUUUAUUUGGUUGGAUUUUUAAUUUAUGUCGUGUUUCUGGUUUCUCUAAACGUUUAUGCGUUCAAAAUUCCUUCAUACGAAGAGUCAAUUAAUAAUCAAGAAUUACCAGAUGCAUCAAUAACUGUUAUGAUAGCGAUGAGUAUCUGUCUUGUUUCUGCCGGCUUUCAGACAAUGAAAGAAAUUUGUCAGUUGGUGCUUAACAGGGAGAGUUAUUUACGCGACCCAGUCAACUAUUUGGAAUGGACUCUCUUCAUAUCAACAUUCAUCUUUACUGCACCGAUUAACGACAAUAUCUCUGUAAAGACAAGUUUACAAUGGAAAGCCUGUUCUGUGGCGUUGUUCUGUGCUUGGAUGAAUCUUAUUAUGUAUUUCAGAAGAUUUGCCUACUACGGUAUUGUUAUACAAAUGAUGAGGAAAAUUUUCGUCACAUUGAUCAAGGUUUUGAGUCUGUUAUUAUUUUUCUUCGUCGCGUUUGCAGCAGCUUUUACAGUGAUACUGAAUGACAGAGAGGGAUUCGGGAAUUUUCGAACCUCGAUGUUAACUACAGCGAUCAUGACGAUCGGAGAAAUUGAUUUUAAGGAGACAUUUCUUCGUCACCAUUAUUACAACAUGUUUUACCCAACACAGAUAGUUCUUUUUGUCGUUUUCGUCGUCGUCAUGCCUGUCGUUAUUAUGAACCUCAUUCUCGCCCUUGCCAUUGAGGAUGUAUCUAAGAUUAAAAAGGACGCCAAAUUGCGGAAACAUAUUCAUACGGCGAACAUGAUCAUCAACCUUGAAAGAAAGAAGUUCAUAUUUUCUUAUUUCACGAAAAAAGAAAAGCCACUUAAAAGUCCUUUGGUGGAAUUGCCCAACAAAGAAGGUGGAUUAUCUAAUUUUGUUGAUGGAAUUAUAUUUUAUGAUUUUUCCUCCGAUAAAGAAGACGUGAGCUCGGAGCAAGUCGAAAAAAAUGAAGAUCUAGUGACGUUGAUUAAAAUGAUUAAAGAAUUACAAAUUCAGAAUGCUAAAGUGUUGAAAAAGUCAAAAAAAAAUUCUAGACUGAUCAAGAAUAUUUCGCGAAUUGAAGAAAAGAAAAAUGACUCUGCUCAGUCUUAAGGUAAACUUAGUUCUCUCUAAAUUUAUACUUGUGUAAUUUCCUGUAGACAUUGUUAUCUUAGAUUAGACCAAUUAAAUUCAUACAUAUUUAUGUUUCACGUAAA